AUGAACCAAGAAAGGAACACAGUCGUGCGAAAAAACUGGCCAAAGACAGAUUAUGGGAAAGAAAUUGUCGCGUCAACGUCGACUACGCAACGGAAUGCGACCAGUACCACCGAUUGCGGGGGAUCCUGGUGCGGAGGGGGAGGGGGAUUGGCAACACCGGGGUCAGAAACAGCGCACAAAGCAGUGCUUUGUUCCAUGAUUACUUCCAUAAACGCUCCCGAGCACUACCGGAAGCAGCUACAUAGUUUUUCCGGUGCUUACACGUCUCCAAACGACAACUCUAUGGCCUGUUUUCUAUUUGCGGGGGGGUUCCAGCGCUGCGUCAGGAGAAAUUCCAGUCGCAUCCAAGCUCGGAGCACAGAUUUCCGAAAAACUGCGGAGUUCAACAAUCCGGUCGGAGCGCUCUGGACCGAGGGGACCUGGAAAAAAAAAGAGUGUCCCGAGUUCAGAAAUGCAAAGAUGAGGUGGGAUCCCACGAUGGAGUGA